AUGGAGCUAAUACCCAUUUCCCAGAGCUUUGGCUUUGUCUACCAAGACAACACACUCUCCGUCGGGCUGGAUGGCGACUACCUCCUGUCUACUAUUCCUCGGAAAUUCCUCGAAGCCUCGGUCACCGCAUUCACAUCUCUAUUUAUCCUUGCCCUGGGCGGCUACUCAUACCACAUAUACUACAAGAAUCUAGUCCUCCGAAAGAUUGACAAUGCAUUUUCAAGCGGAUAUUCCACCCUCGAGCUAGCAGCCUUGGCUCAGCAUGGUGUUGGGAUUGACUCCAGCACGUCGCCUACCAGCGAUAAGCAUCGGUUCUAUGUCCUGAGACCCGAGCAAGCAGUCAUUGACGGCAUCCUCUCCGGCAAUAUUAGGCAUAACUACUACCUACUCUUUGGUGAAAAGGGAGCCGGCAAAACAACCAUGUUGCUCGAGUCCAUGCGUAAAGUGCACGGUAGCGGUGUCGCAAUGCUGGAAGCUCAUGGGGACUUGGAGUUAUUCCGACUUCGACUGGGAAAAGCCCUCGACUACGAGUACCAUGAGGAUUAUAUGGGGAGCCUGUUCAAUUACAGGGGCCCUCGCGAAGCAACGCCCUUGUUGGAUAUCGAGCGAGCGUUGAACAAACUUGAAAAGGUUGCAUUGCAGCGGAGAAGCAAGCAUAACCGUCCCUUAGUGUUGAUUAUAAGCAACAUCCAUCACCUGCCGGAUAACCCUGAGGGGCAGCAUUUGCUUACUCUGCUCCAGCAGAGGGCGGAGUUGUGGGCGGCAAGUGAACUUAUCACGCUAGUCUUUACGAGCGAUCAAUAUCGUACUACGGAACAGCUUCGACUGCAUGCUACCCGUCUGCAAGUCCUGACCGUAAAGGAUGUUCCUGAAGAUAUUGCCCUGAAAGCUUUGCGGGAAUAUCGCGAAACAAAAUUCGGCGAGCCUGUAUCGGCUGAUAUAUUGAGCCAGGUCUAUGAUAAAGUAGGGGGUCGAUUGAUCUUCUUGGACCAGAUCGCAAAGUCCAAAAACAUGCUCGAAAUGUGCCAUUCUAUCUGCGAGAAGGAGAGGAAAUGGCUGCUCUCCAAUUGCUGGAUAUUGGGGUCAGAAAUGGACCCCAAAGCUGAGGAUCAACAAGAUUACUGCGCCGCCGCGAUGAUUUUAGCGCAGGCUCUUGUUGACAUUGAGAAAGAAUCUGCCGGAGGAAAGAGCACUCCCGAUUUGCCUGGAAUUCCUUUACACAAGGCCCAGGAACUAAUGACGCGAGCAGACUUCAUUCGGAAGUUGGACCAAGUGAACAUCGUCUCAAUAGACGCUGACUCUAUGGUCAGGGCUGAUUCGGUGCCGAUGCAGAAUGCCUUCCGGACGGUCUGUAGUGAUCCCCAGUUCACUAAGCACUUGGAGACCACCAUUGAGCGGCUGGAUGAAUUGGAAAGCCUUGGACGAACGAGAGAACUGACAAUGAAAGAUCUAGCCAAUAACCAAUAUGUCGCGACAGUGGAUGGUAUGGGGAACAAUCAAAGCACCUCUAUACGAUUCAGGAAGCUUUAGGUCAUUCAUUAUCCUAGGGCUGGCUUUCUUCUGCGGUCUAUGUCACGAUGUUAAAAUGAACUUAUAUAGGCGCCAAGAUACACACUACUUGAGGUCAAGCCGGUGAGGUCUGGAGUUAGGAUGUUGUUCCAGCUGUGAUUACUGGCGCCCCUUGUCGCCCCAAUUUAUAUAUCC